UUAAAUCCUAUAAAAUAUAUAUAUCAAGCAUGUUGGGAAUCUUCAGCAGGGCUAUAGUGACGCCGCCGGACGAGCUGGUGGCUGCCGGCUGCCGGACACCAUCGCCUAAGAUAACUUCCACGGCCUUGGUGAACCGUUUCCUGGAAAACAAUGCCUGUGGCGUGUCUGUACAGAUCGGUGACCAUGUCAAAUUGGCUUACACUCACCACUGUGAGUCGGUUCUGCAGCCCAGAUCGUUUGCGGUGAAGGAUGACAUAUUUUGCUUGUUCGAGGGGGUGUUGGAUAACCUGGGUAGCCUGAGGCAAGAAUAUGGACUGGCCAAGUCAGCGAACGAGGUGGUAUUGAUGAUCGAGGCUUACAAGGCUCUUCGUGAUCGAGCCCCUUACCCUCCCAGCCAUGUCGUUGGUCACCUCGAAGGCAACUUCGCUUUCAUCCUCUUCGACAAGUGCACUUCCACCUUGUUCGUCGCCUCUGAUCAAUUCGGGAAGGUUCCUCUGUUUUGGGGAAUCACCGCCGACGGAUACGUCGCCUUUGCCGACGAUGCCGAUUUGCUCAAAGGUGCUUGCGGAAAGUCUCUUGCAUCUUUCCCUCAAGGAUGCUUCUUCUCCACCGCAGCCGGGGGCCUGAGAAGCUACGAGCACCCUAAGAACACAAUCACUGCCAUUCCUGCCACUGACGAAGAGAUUUGGGGAGCCAAGUUCAUGGUGGAAGGCCCAACAGUUGUUGCAGCCAUGAAGUAGAGACUCUUCCAUUAUCAAUUGUUCUUCACAACUUUCUUCUUUUUCCAUGAAUUAGAGGGCGCUGAUUGCUGUGUAGGAUUAUAAAUAUGGAGGAGCGAGGCUUGGCUAAUGUUGCCUGCGGAGAACAACUCUAUUCCAUUACAACUUCACAAGUAGCAG